CUGUUCUCUGUGCCCCGUCUGCAGAGGCAGACCAAACGGACGGUGUGGGAUGAGCUGAACCUGAAGGCGGUGAUGAUGGGCCAGCCAGGCUCCGUGGAGGUCGAGAAGUUUCCCCACGUCCUCAUCUCCAUCUACCUGGUGCUGGCCUUCACUCCUUUUGUCACCUUCCUCAUUGUGAACGUGGCGGCUGAGAAGGAGCAUCACCUGAAGGACACCAUGACCAUGAUGGGGCUGUACGACACGGCCUUCUGGUUAUCAUGGGGCCUUCUGUAUGCUGCUUUGGUGACCGCCAUGUCCGUCCUGAUGGCCGUCAUCGCCACAUACAGUUCACUCUUCCCUAAAAGUGACUUCUUGGUGAUCUUUUUCCUCAUCGUCCUCUAUGGCAUAUCUUCAAUCUUUUUCUCCUUCAUGCUGACGCCGUUGUUCAAGAAGCCAAAGUUUGCGAGCACGGUGGGCUCCAUGCUGACGGUGGUGUUUGGCUGCAUGUCGCUGUUCACCGUGCUGCUGCCAGACUUCCCACAGCUGCUGGUCUGGCUGCUCUGCCUGCUGUCUCCCAGUGCCUUCUCCAUGGGGAUCGCUCAGGUGGUUUACCUGGAAGCGCAGGGAGAUGGCGCUGUGUUCUCCUCCUUGACCAACGGGCCCCAUCCGCUCUACGUCCCUCUGCUCAUGCUAGCUCUGGACUGCGUUCUUUACCUUCUGCUGGCCAUCUACCUGGACCAGGUUCUACCCGGUGAGUGAA